AUGGCUACAAGGACAGCGUUAGUACACACUUCGGCGCGUACCACGACAGCGACAGAAGAAACGAGGUUAUCACCUGAUUUCAAGUACAGUGUUGUGGCUGGUGUUGGUGUUGUCACAACACCAACACUGACACAGAGUAAGAUAUUUACACUUCCAGUGCAACGUGCAGCAGGGGCCAGUGACCCAUCGGUGACACUCAAACUACGCAAACCAAAGUCAGACAAGAAGGUUAACUGGAAAACGGGUGUGGUGGACAAUGAACACAUGGGCAGGAAGAAAUCAAAAUGUUGCUGUAUAUACAACAAACCUCGGAUGUUUGGAGAAAGUUCUUCAAGCAGCGAAGGAGAAUCGGACGACGACUGCAAGUUGUGCCGCAAACAGCAGAAGAAAAACUACAGUAAACACACAGACGAAUGCAACUGUGAUGGUGGUCCUCAGCAAGGGAUAGGGGAUGAUUAG